CGGCCAUGGACUCGGCGGCCGUGGAGGGUUUCGUGGCCAGGCAACUGGAGCUGCUGGAGCUCGAGAGGGACGCGGAGGUGGAGGAGCGCAGGAGCUGGCAGGAGAGCGUGUCCCCGAGGGAGCUGCAGAGUCGUGGUGUGUGUCUGCUGAAGCUGCAGGUGUCGGGCCAGCGCACGGGUCUCUACGGGCGGCUGCUGGUCACGCUGGAGCCGCGGAGGGGCGGUGCCCCGGUGCUGCCAAGCAACAGCUUCACUUCCGGUGACAUCGUGGGUCUGUAUGAAGCCCAGGGGGACAGCCCGCUGGCCACGGGGACCCUGACCCGCAUCACCUCGAGGUGCGUCACCGUGGCCUUUGACGAGUCCCAGGACUUCCAGCUGAGCUGUGACCAAGAGCACAGCUACCGCCUGCUGAAACUGGCCAAUGACGUCACCUACCGGCGACUGAAGAAAGCCCUCAUCGCCCUGAGGAAGUGUCACUCCGGCCCCGCCUCCUCGCUCAUCGACGUCCUCUUUGGGGGGUCAGCGCCCAGCUCCUCCGGCGAGCUCUCCCCACUGACCCUUGGAAACGCCUCCCUGGACGCCUCGCAGCAGGAAGCCGUUCGCUUUGCCCUGUCGCAGAAGGAGCUGGCCAUCAUCCACGGGCCCCCUGGCACGGGGAAGACCACCACGGUGGUGGAGAUCAUCCAGCAGGCGGUCAAGCAGGGCCUGAAGGUCCUGUGCUGCGCGCCCUCCAACGUGGCCGUGGACAACCUCGUGGAGCGGCUGGCGCGCGGCCCGCUGCGGCUGCUGCGCCUCGGGCACCCGGCCCGCCUCCUGGACUCCAUCCAGCAGCACUGCCUGGACGCGGUGCUGGCCCGCGCCGACCACGCCCGCAUCGUGGCCGACAUCCGCCAGGACAUCGACCGGGUGCUGGCGGGCAGCAGGAGCGCGCGCGACGCGCGGGAGAGGCACGGCCUGCGCGGGGAGCUGCGGCUGCUGCGGCGGGAGCUGCGGGAGCGCGAGGAGGCGGCCGUGCUGGACAGCCUGAGGGCGGCGGACGUGGUCCUGGCCACCAACACCGGGGCUUCCCCUGACGGCCCCCUGAAGCUGCUGCCCGAGGGUCACUUCGACUUGGUCGUCAUCGACGAGUGCGCCCAGGCCCUGGAAGCCAGCUGCUGGAUCCCCCUGCUGCAGGCCAGGAAGUGCGUCCUGGCCGGGGACCACAAGCAGCUGCCGCCCACUGUGGUCUCUCACAAGGCGGCGCAGGCGGGGCUGUCCCUCAGCCUCAUGGAGCGGCUGGCCGAGGCGCACGGGGCCGCAGCGGUCCGGAUGCUGACGACGCAGUACCGCAUGCACGGGGCCAUCAUGCGCUGGGCCUCCGACGCGCUCUACGGCGGCCAGCUCACCGCACACCCCUCCGUGGCCGGCCACCUCCUGCGUGACCUCCCAGGUGUGGCCACCACGGAGGAGACGGGCCUGGCCCUGCUGCUAGUGGACACGGCCGGCUGCGGGCUGCUGGAGCUGGACGAGGACGACGAGCAGUCCAGAGGCAACCCUGGUGAGGUGCGCCUGGUGGACUUGCACGUUCAGGCCCUGGUGGACGCCAGGGUCCAGCCGCGGGACAUAGCCGUCAUCACGCCGUACCACCGCCAGGUGGACCUCCUGCGCCAGAGCCUGGCGGCCCGGCACCCCGAGCUGGAGAUCAAGUCGGUGGACGGCUUCCAGGGCCGGGAGAAGGAGGCCGUAGUCCUGUCCCUGGUCCGGUCCAACAGGACAGGCGAGGUGGGCUUCCUCGCCGAGGACCGGCGCCUCAACGUGGCCGUCACCCGCGCCCGGCGCCACGUGGCCCUGAUCUGCGACUCGCACACGGCCGGCCAGCACCCCUUCCUCCGGCGCCUCCUCGACCAUUUCGCCGAGCACGGGGAGGUGCGCACAGCCUUCGAGUACCUGGACGACCUUGUCCCCGAAAACUACUCCCACCAGCCGGCCCAGGCCCCCGGCCAGCGGGGCACCCGGCGCGGUGCUGUGGCAUCCGGGAAGCCUGCCUGCAGGAGGCGGCCCGAGCCGGGGGCCCCAGCGGGAGCCAGGCAGGAGCGGAAGAAGCCGGGCCCCGGGGCCCCGUCUCGGACUCAGCCCAGCCUCGACGGCGACGGCGCCGAAGGCUUCCGGGCCCAGCUGCUGGCCUUCGUGGCCAGCGAGCAGACGCAGCUGCCCUUCCCCGCCACGCUGAGCCCCCUGGACCGGCUGCGCGUCCACCAGCUGGCCGAGGAGUUGGGCCUGCGGCACGACAGCAGCGGGGAGGGUGCACAGCGCUUUAUCACCGUCAGCAAGCGGGCGACCACCGGCCCCGCAACCGCCAUCCCCACCAGCCCCACCCCCCCCAGCCCGGCUGAGGCUGAGUCCCCAGGUGCGGGGGCCAGAGGCCCUGGGCCGGCCCCGCUCGACCUGAAGGCACUGCACCAGGAGAGACUGCAGAGGGCGCGCGGCCGGCAGGAGCUGCCGGCCAGGGAGGGGGCACGCAAGGCCCCCCAAAAGAGCAAGAAGAAAGAACCCAAGGGUCCCGUGGCCCCGGAGCUGCCCAGCGGGGACGACUUUGACGCGCUGAUCUCAGCGGCCGUGAAGGCCGACAGCACAUGCGGGAUGCCCAGCUGCACGGCCAGCGUGGUGACCCUGGGCCAGCUGUGCGUCCACUGCAGCCGCCGCUACUGCCUCAGCCACCACCUGCCCGAGGUCCACGGCUGCGGGGAGCGGGCGCGCGCCCACGCCCGGCAGCGGAUCAGCCGGGAGGGGGUCUUGUACCCCGGCAGCGGGCCCCGGGAGCGCGGCCUGGAUGCCGCCAAGCGCGCGCAGCUGCAGCGGAAGCUGGAUCGGAGGCUGGACGAGCUGAGCAGCCAGAGGCAGAGCCGCAGGAAGGACCGGAAGUGAGGUGGCCGCUGGACGCGCCCGCCCGGCACCCGGGUG